UUUCUUUCCUCUUUUCCUUUGGGCAAACCGCCAAAGUUGGCGGGGCAGGAGCAGGUGAGGCGAGGGAGCGCGACGGAUGUUGGUAGUGGUACUAGUGAGAAGGAACGGUUUCUUUCUCUAACAAUAGAUUUCGGGUCUUUUGGGAAUGGUUCACGGAGCAUGGCAAACAGAAGAAAAAACAUGGGCUUAGAUCACGUCACAACAGCACGCAAGGCUGAUGGACUGGAACGGCGGUUAUUUGUCAAUUUUGAGCUUUCUUUCUUUUUACCUCCUGACGCAGAAUACUCCUAUUUCCUCACGCUACCUUUUUUGCCUUUUGGUCAGUUAUCAUCCUGAGUUUUGUCCAAGGAGUCUCUGCAUCACAUCGAACCCCUUGCGCUUCGGUUUCGCAUAUGAUUUGAUGCUGCCAGGCCAGAACGGUAUCGCGUCCGGUUGGUCAAGCAUUUCUAUAGCGCUUUCUGGGUCGGAAGAAACCAUAGGUUUCUAUGUGUGUGCCAUGACAUGACGCAGGAAGACCAAGAAAGGUGCCAAGCACUAAUAUAAAAGAACAAACCCUAAUGUAUUUCUAG